CCCCGUGACGUAUGUAGCUCGGGCGGAAGGAGUAGUAAAAGAACGGGUAACCCAAAGGCUAACUCUCUACCUAAAGACGCAAUAGCUCCAACUACUAAGAGCUUAUUCGGGCUCUUGCCCUUAUUAGUUUCGUAGCUAUCCCGAUGUGGUCUAGUAACCGAGUUGUGCCGCACCAUCGGGUACGGGCGAUCAAAGGGAAGGAGACAAGGGAACUAAGCAAACCUAAGUUCUUUGAAGUAUAGGGCGUAUUAAAGAUCGAGGGGAACCUAGUCCAGGCCGUUUUCAGUCCAACAUCUCGGUACGAAAGUUUAACACUAAGUCAGUUCAAUUAGCGUAAAGGAGAGACACCAUGGCCGCGACACAAACAGUACAAGUCUCACACUUGGAAGCCCAGGUUGGGUAUGCUAUAUCGAACAACAAGUUGGAUCCUUCAAAGCCGACAUGGGUGCUCAUCAACUCCAUGUGCACUACAGUCGAGUUCUAUCGCGCCCAGUUAGAUAACAAGACGUUAACGGCCGCAGUGAACCUAGUGGCCAUCGAGCCGCUCGGCCAUGGCGCAACAAGCUGUGCUACGGAACACUUCACCUACUGGGACACUGCGCUCGUUGCAUUGCAGGCCCUCGAGGCUUUGGGCGUAAAGAAGGCCUACGCGUUGGGAACCAGCCAGGGGGGUUGGAUUAUCGUGAGGAUGGCACUGCUGGCGCCGGAGAAGAUUCUGGGCCUCAUUCCUCUUGGCACGUCGAUGGAGGCUGAAACCAGCGAAUCCCGUGAGAAGGGCUGUUGGGACCCGGUCCCAUUUCUACAGCCGUUCCUUGAAAAAUGGGGUAUCCCUACCCCAAACUUCGUCAUCGGUGACGACUGGAUCCAAGCUGUGAGUGGGUUGGGUUUCGGGUCUGCGGGCACCCCUCAGGUCCUUGAGUACUGGACCGAGAUCCUACGUCGCGUCUACUCGGGGAACGAGGGACGUCGAAAGCUCCGGAUGGCUGCUAUCUGCUUGGCGGACAGAGAUGGGCUGCAACUCAGAAUAGGAGAUAUUAAAUGCCCCGUCCAUUGGCUACACGGAUCGGCCGAUAUUAUCUACACUCCUGCCAUUGCUCAGGAGCAUUCCCAACGAUUCACGGGUUCAAGCGACGUCCAGUUUAAUAUUCUCGAGGGUGGCGCUCACUUCUUGGUUGCGACGCAUCCUAAAGAGGUUGAGGAGGCAAUUUUGGCUAUGACAGCAAAGGCCUAGAUUGUUAUUAGGAGGACCGGGCCGUAUAUACCUUAUGAAGUUUUGGUAGUCGGCAGAGAAUUCUAUAUUAUUUCGGCCAGGGUUAGGUAGACACAGGUUUAUUAGAGGACAAAGCAAAUAGGUCAUCCAAUACAGGUUUCAAAAAGGGGGAUAUUUCACAUCCGGAAGUUGAACCUGCUUACCUACCACUAUUAUUUAUAUACAAUCGAAAAUCAUUCUCUAAUACCAAGACC